UCUCUCUAGCCCUUACAACACCCUGUACUUGGAGCUGCACUGUCCAUCUGUGGCACCAUCAAUUUUGGUCACUUCAGAUAAUGGCAGAAACACAGUCAGCUUUGGGGGUGUUGCAGUAGGUCACAGGAUGAAUAAGCAAAUUACAAUAGAAAAUAUCUCCCCAGAGAAGCUGGAACUAAGAUUCUCAGUUCUGCAUCCCAAUGGCCCCUUCCUGUUGGUCAGACCAGUUGGAAUGCUUGAGCCUGGUGAAAGUAAACCCCUCAGCAUCUCUUUUUGUCCAAAUGAGAAUAAACAGUUUUUUGAAAUGUUGGACAUCCAGACAGCAAAAACCAAUCUAAGCCUAAGUCUCAUGGGUCACGGGGUGAUGCCAUCAACUGUUUGCUCUGUGGAAGACAUACUCGACAUGGGAUAUGUCCUGGCUGGAGAGAAGGUGACUUCCACAUUCAAGGUACAGAACACUUCCACGCUGAGCCUGAGGUUCUCCAUCCAGCUGGACUCUCUGUCAGCAGUGUGGGACACAGGCCAGCAGAGGCUGCCCUCCUUCGUUGUGUCCUCUGCCCAACGGACUGAGAUUGUUGGAACACAGAACUACAAUGGCUUAAGUGUUUUCAGCGUCUUGCCAAUAGAAGGAGAAAUUCUUGCUGGGAAGAGUCAGGAUUUCAUUGUUACUUUCAGUCCUGAUCAUGAAAGUCUGUACUAUUCUGACCGCCUCAAGGUUGUGCUCUUUGGCAAGAAAACAGCCCAUGUCAUCCACCUAAAGGGUGCAGCAAGAGCUCAUCCAAUGUUUGUGGAAGGGGGAACUCCUCUGGAUGUGCCCGUGGAGUCUUUGGCAGUAACAUUACCUGUGUCAGCACAGGGAGCACUGAAAGGAGAGCUACAAGAGCCAGUGAAAUCCAUUCUUCUGAUUCUGGAGUACAUCGAGGGAGAGGGUUCUCCAGUGCCAGCAACGACAGAACUGAAGGUUGGAGUCAUAGACACACCUCAGUUUGCUAAGAAGAAGGUGGAGUUCAGCCUGGAGGGGCUGCGGCUGCUGCAGCAGAAGGGCUUCGCCGUGGACUCGGCCCAGGGCACGGUGGAGCGCGGGCAGGUGAAGCACAUCCGCGUCUCUUGGGUGCCACCUCCCGACCUCCCGCCCAACGAUCCUCUGAUUGUGACAGCCAUCCUGACCUUAAAAGGUGACAUCAAUGAAUGCUACAGAAUUCUCUUCACGGCAAAAGUUGUAUCUGGAUGUGCUCCCAUUGAGGGAACCAAGCUAAACGGGAAGGAAGAUGAUGGCUUUAUUACUUGGAAGUCACCAGAUCUCUGUUAA